UUCAGAGCGGAGGUUGAAUCCAUUGAUUUUUUGGCCAUGUAACACAUCCCUGCAAGAAUACGUUGACAAUUUGAAUAAGAAACCCCUUCAUUUUGUGCAUAAACAUCGCAAGAAGGGCUUAUGUGCUCCUCGCCGCUUGAUUUCCGACUCUGGGUGCUCAGUGUUGUUGGGGAAGAGUCCGUUUCAGCUGCACUGCAUCAACAUGGGUGUGAUUGGUGUGCAGCUGGUGGUUACCAUGGUAAUGGCCAGUGUAAUUCAGAAAAUCAUACCUCAUUAUUCCUUUGCAAGAUGGCUACUCUGCAGUGGCAGUCUGAAGUGGUAUCAGCACCCUACGGAAGAUGAGUUGAGGAGCUUAGCUGGGAAACAAAAAGGACAGAAGAAGAAAGACAGGAAGUACAAUGGUCACAUAGAGAAUAAGCCGCUAACAGUUCCCAAGGACAUAGAUCUGCAACUGGAGACGAAAUGCAUUGCAGAAGUCGACACAUUAGCCUUGCACUAUUUCCCAGAGUUCCAGUGGCUUGUGGAUUUCACAGUAGCGGCAACUGUGGUCUAUCUGAUAACGGAGCUCUACUACAGUGUGGCUCAGCCCUCGGGAGAGAUGAACAUCAGUGUGGUCUGGUCCCUGCUCGUACUCGCUUUUGUCCUUAAGACCCUUUUCUCUCUAACGGCCCACUACUUCAAGCUGGAGGAAGGAGGCGAGCGUUCACUCUGCAUUACCUUUGCUUUCUUCUUCUUUGUCAAAGCCAUGGCCAUUCUCAUUGUAACUGAAAACUACCUGGAGUUUGGUCUGGAGACAGGUUUUGCAAACUUCUCUGACAGUGCUUUACAGUUUCUGGAGCACCAAGGUUUAGAGUCCCAGGGUCCCAUAUCUAAACUCACCUUCAAGCUGAUCCUGGCCCUGCUUUGCUCCCUGAUUGGAGCAUUUCUAACUUUCCCUGGUCUCCGAUUGGCCCAGAUGCACCUAGAUGCACUCAAUCUGACCACAGCGAAAUUUACACAAACUCUGCUUCAUAUCAACUUCCUGUCCCCUCUUAUCAUGGUCCUGCUGUGGGUGAAGCCCCUUACCAAGGACUACAUAAUGAACCCCACUCUGGAAAAGGAGAAUGUGCCUUUGAUGACUGAGGACACGUUUGAUACAUUGCGGUUAUGGGCCAUCAUACUGAUGUGUAUGCUCCGGCUCGCUAUGAUGAGACAUCAUCUGCAGGCCUACCUCAACCUGGCCCAGAAGAGUGUGGACCAGAUGAAGAAGGAGGCGGGGCGGAUAAGUACCGUUGACCUGCAGAAGAUGGUUGCACGUGUGUUUUACUACUUGUGUGUAAUCGCACUACAGUAUGUGGCACCACUGGUGAUGCUGCUGCAUACAACUUUGCUGCUAAAAACCUUAGGUGGACACUCCUGGUGGGUUUAUUCUGAAGAAGACCUGCCUUGCGUCUAUGAAAUUAACUCUGACAAUGUGAUGGGGGCGGCACCAAUAGCAGCCCCAACACCAGCUUCGGUGGUAGAAACAGGAGCCCGGGCGUCUGUAGCCCAGCUGUCAGUGGCUCUGGGAGGCCUGCGGACUGUCUUCAGCCCCUUGCUUUUCCGGGGCCUCUUCUCCUUCUUUACUUGGUGGAUUGCUGCCUGCCUCUUCUCCACCUCCAUCUUUGGCCUAUUCUACCAUCAGUAUCUCAUGGCGGCAUAGCGUUACCAACCCAGCAGUGGCAGCCAGAUCCCCACAGGGCUGCUGCUGUCUGUUCAGCCUGAUCAGAAAGUACUGAGUGGGGGUAACAGAGGCUGAAUGAUGACUCUGCUAGACAACUCCUCCUUCCCCUUCCUUUUUCCCUCUGACCACCUCAACAAUGACUGACCAUAUCAUCAGCGCUCCCGGUUCAGCUUCCAGUGCUUCCUCCACAGAUGAUUCUGUGGACUCUUGUCAUUGUUUUUACUACGACCAAUACCUUUUUAUUUAGAGAGUAAGAUUACAGAUAACAGACUAAAGUAUGGGUUAGAAGAAGUAUAACUGCUGUCAGUGGUGAAUUGGCUUAGUAAUGAGAAAUUUGUCCAGUUUGCUGUGUGAAUUUUGAAUAAUGAGAGGUUAACUUUUUUUUAAUUUUUUUUAUCUCCGAUGCUGAU